AUGGAGGCUGGCUCUGUGGUACGAGCAGUCUUUGAUUUCUGUCCCAGCGUCUCUGAGGAGCUGCCCCUCUUCGUGGGAGAUGUCAUCGAGGUGCUGGCCGUGGUGGAUGAAUUCUGGCUCCUUGGCAAGAAGGAAGGUGUCACAGGGCAGUUUCCUAGCAGCUUUGUGGAACCUGUGGAUAUUCCCCCUCUGAAGCAGGGAGAGAAGCUGUUUGUUUGUACCAGUGACUUCACAUCUCAAGAGCCAGGGAGCUUGUCAUUGCAGAGAGGAGACUUGGUGGUCCUGGGGGGGUCCCUGGCCUCCAGCUGGCUCCAGGGCCGAAGCAGCUGGGGUUCCAAGGGCUUCUUCCCCUCAUCAUGUGUGCGGGAGCUGUGCCUUUCAGUCCGGAGCCGUCAGCUGUCCCAGACCGCUCUCCUGGAGGUGCCUGCCUACUCACUGGGCCAAGCCCGGGCCCUGAUGGACCUGUCUGCUCAGCUGGAGGAGGAACUGGACUUCAGGGAAGGGGAUGUGAUCAACAUUGUUGGUGUCUCUGAGCCUGGCUGGUUUGAAGGCGAACUCAGGGGCCGCAGGGGCAUCUUCCCAGAGGGUUUUGUGGAACUGCUUACUCCUCUUCGAGCAUCAGGAACCUCAGUGGAUCCAGAGCCCACAGGGACCUGUGACACCAAUGGAACAGUGGAGAUGCCCCCCAAGGAGGAGGAGCCAGGGAGUACUUACGGUGUUGCCCUCUAUCAAUUCCAAGCCUUGGAGUCCAAGGAACUGGAUUUUGAAGUGGGUGACAGGAUUCGGAUCAUAGGCAUUCUAGAGGAUGGAUGGCUGGAGGGGGAGCUGAGGGGGAAAUGUGGCAUCUUUCCACACAGAUUUGUGAAGCUGGAAGCCUCUGAGUCUUGCAGGGAAAAGGCAGGUGCUGGGGAUCCCCAAGAUCCUUGCAGGGGCCAGGCAAUUUCUUCUAACAGCUGGGCAGCAUCCGAGCCCCAGGAGAGCCAGAGCAGUGCCCAGGACCUGGAUGGUUGGGUGGACAAUCAACAGAAGUCCAAACCUUGUUCCACCAGCCUGGGAGGUGCCCAGGUGGGCCUGGACACAUGGGCUGGGAGCUGGGGGGAAUGCUGCCCACUCACAGCGCAGGGGGACGGCUGCACGGACCUUGAUUCCAAACUGACAGAGCAGCUGGCACAGUUUGAGAAGAGUCUGUCAAGUACUGGCACUGAGCAGGACAAGGUCUCCCGCCACUUCUCUAUCUUGGACUACAGCUCUGAGAAGGACAUUGUCCGUGGGUCUCCUGAGUGUGCCCCCCACGCCAGGCAGCCAGAGAGGAGGAAGGCCCUGAGGCCACCCCCUCCUCGGCCCAGCAGCCUUGCCGCUAACCACGUGCACACACUGGGUGGCCAGAUGCCCAAAGGCAGGUCUCUGUCCUUCUCAGUCAAGCCCUCCCGGCCUGCGCCCCGGCCUCCAGCAAGCAGCCAGCGGAAAAAUGCGUUCCCUGCACAGCUUCAGCCCAGUGCCCUGGAGCAGCGUGUGGAGGAGAGACAUGAAGACUUGACACCGGCAGGAUCAGCUUCCCCCCGCUCCAUUCUGCUGAAGAGGAUUGGAGAGGUGGAGAGAGAUCUGGAGGCUUACAGCAAGACCCGUGCUGAGCUAAGCCUGCUGCUGGAGGAGCAGCAGGAUGAGCUGGUGCGAGUGGAGACCCUGGAAAACCUUGAUUUCUGUGACUCCAACAUCGAGAGCCUCAGCACAGAGCUUCAGGAGCUAAGAGGAAGCGACGCCUGCGUUUCACUUGGGACGGGAGCGCUGGAGCGGAGGAGCGGCGUCAGCCCGGGCUUGGACUCGGGGAGCAGGGAGUCAGCACCUGCACCGCACCCCAGCAGGACUAUGUGCACGUAUCCUGGGACGAAACACAGUGUGGGGGAUCCGAGGCAAGGCCCGCGGUACCUCGGCUGGGAAUGUGAGGACUGUUGUGCUGUGCGGAGAGGGGACGUGGCUGGCGUGGCCGUGCCGCACGACUGCUCAUCAGAAGAUGGUAGAGCGAGCCCGGGGUCAGGCACCUGCUACACACAGUCCAAGAUGCAGGACAUGGAAUAUGAUGGCUGUGGGGAGCUGGAAGGAGAAGUCCCAGGUCCCCAAAUGACAGCCAGGAGCAGUGGCCAAGCAGAGCGCUCGAGGGUACGCACGGGCCGGCCGGACUGGAGCCAGGUCUGGGAGCAGGAGGCUGAGGAAGAAAACAGGGUGGGCUCCAUGCUGCAGCGAAACAGCUUCUACAGACGGACGGCUCCCAGUGCCCUGCGGCACUCAGAGUUUGUGCAGACCAGGAAGGAGAAGCGAG